GUUUUUCGCUAAAACAGCAUUCUCUUUGCCGUUCCUUGCAAAAAUCCAAUGGUUUCUUCACCAUUUUAAUUGGGGGCAGACUCGGACCAAAUACUCAGCUCUGGAAAGUGGUAUUCUUAUCAUGCACAACCGUUUUACAUUCUGGACAAUGAAAUAUGGAACAGGAAAAUAAAAGAAGUGAGUACUCGAUGCAUGGGAUCAAUAGUGAUGGGUUUAAAGCACAAGACUCCAAAUUUCUUAAAAGCAGGCAGAGCUCUGAAACACAUGUUGCUCCAAGUAAAUCAAAUGAAGAUGGAAUUUAUGAUUUUCAAGGUCCAGAGGCUAAGGAACUUCAUUUGCGAGUUAGUGCUCAAAAAGAGGAGAUUCAACGUCUUCGUGAACAAAUUGCCGUUGCAUGUGUGAAGGAAUUACAGCUGCUGAAUGAAAAAUGUGCGUUGGAGAGGAAAUUCUCUGACUUGCGUAUGGCAAUUCAUGAAAAGCAAAAUGAAUCCAUCACUUCUGCUUCAAAUGAAUUGGCUCGCAGAAAAGGUGACCUUGAAGAAAAUUUAAAGCUGACCCAUGAUUUAAAGGCUGCAGAGGAUGAGAGAUACAUCUUCAUGUCAUCAUUGCUUGGGCUAUUGGCUGAACAUGAUCUUUGGCCUCACGUUGUAAAUGCGUCUACCAUUACUAGCAGUGUAAAGUACCUACAUGAUCAGUUGGAAUGGAAGAUCAGAACUUCGCAUCAUAGAAUUAGAGAGUUGACUGGUGUUCACGGAACUCAUGCUGGUGGCGGAUCUCAUGAAAAAGAUAGGCCAAGUUCUGGCAUUUUGAUGAAUCAAAAUCCUCAUGGAUCCACGGCUGGUCACGGCUUCUCUCCAACUAAUCAGUACCCUGAUGAGCAACAUCAUAUGCCACCAGAGAAUAUGAUGAGAUACAUGCAUGAUAAUGAUUACACUGCAAAAAAUUUAAUGUUCAAUGAUCUGGGGCAACAACGAUUGAGCAAUGGCACUGCACAGGAAUUUUUGUUCAAUUCUGAUAGAGGUGGUCCUGGGACUAAUCCUGAUAGUGCAUUUGAUAGAGGUUUUGUAAGAAUUGGGUCUGAGGAUACGACCAAUGAUGUCUUGUAUCAGCCUGAUGAGAUGGCCUCCCAAGGUUCUGAAGACGGGCCUGGAAUUGAGGGGUUUCAGAUAAUUGGGGAUGCAACACGGGAGAAAAGCUUCUAGGAUGCGGCUUUCCUGUACGAGGAACGACCCUUUGUAUGUUUCAGUGGGUACGUCAUCUUCAGGAUGGCACCAGGCAGUACAUUGAGGGAGCUACAAAUCCAGAAUAUGUUGUCACAGCUGAUGAUGU